UAAUUUUGUUGAAUCUGGUAUUGACUCCGAUAUCACAACGGGAGAACAGUGCAUUUAUUACUUUGCAGUAUAGACAAUCAGCUGUGGCAUUACAGAGUUAGACUAAUUUCAAACAUAAGCAUGGAUAAAGAAUCUGUUUAUGAUACAACAGUUAAACAACUACUAAGCCAUAAUUUAAAUACUGAGGAAAAAACAAAGUUGUACACCGACUGGAGCUCUACAUAUGAACUGAAUUUAAAACAAUUUGGUUACGCUGCAAACAGUAAAUGCAGUGAAGUUCUAUGUAAAUAUUACCCUGAAAACAGAGAAAACAUUGUUAUACUGGAUGUGGGAGCUGGUACUGGUUUACUAGCGGAAGAAUUGGCAACAAAAGGAUUUAAAACCAUCAAUGGAAUAGAUCCAUCUCCAGGAAUGCUUAAAGAAGCUGAAAAGAAGAAGUUAUAUCGAAAUGUAUUUUGUAGUUACUUUACAUCAAAACCUUUGCCAUUUUUCAAACAAGACAGUUUCGAUUUGCUAGCAGUUGUUGGUUCAUUUGGUACAGGACAUAUUCCGUAUGACGCCAUAAUAGAAAUGAUAAGAAUAACAAAACCAGGUGGUGUAAUCUGCAUAUCGAAUAGACGUUCACCUUUUUAUGAAUCACCAGACUACGUGGAUAAGUUUUUCCCGUUAUGUGAUCAGCUGGAACAAGAAGGAAAAUGGAAGAAGGAAGAGAUUACCACGUAUAAAGGAUUUAUGGAGAACGCAGAUGGAAUUAUCAUAGUGUAUCGUGUGAACUAAGACAACACAACAACAUUUUAGACAUGGAAGUUUCAAUAUCACUUUAGAUUCUUUCGACUCUCUUAAAAUGCUUUUAAAAAAUGCAGAAAACAAAGAAAGUGCUUUAAUGUAUAUUCAUACAUUUUGAUUAAAUUGUAAAAGUAG